CUCUCGAGUUCCUCCCUCCUCGCUCGCCACAAUCUCUCUCCCGGCUUCGUUCCUCCUCUCGCCCCGCGACUCCCGCUCUGCUCCUCCUCGUCGCCGCCGCCGCCGCCGCCGCCGCCGCCGCCGCCGCUGUGUGUACGACUACGACGGCGAAGAGCCAGGCGGGGAGGACCGAUCCGCCGGAGGAGGAGGAGGAGGGAGUGGGGGGGCGGGGAGAUGGGGGAGGGGGGGCGAUGACAGCGGGCGCGGCUCGGCGCGGGCGGGAUGCGGACGAUCUGCGACGUGUGCGAGAGCGCGCCGGCGGUGCUCUUCUGCGUGGCCGACGAGGCCGCGCUCUGCCGGUCCUGCGACGAGAAGGUGCAUAUGUGUAACAAGCUUGCUAGGCGGCACGUGAGAGUUGGGCUUGCAGACCCUAAUAAAGUUCAACGCUGUGAUAUAUGUGAAAAUGCCCCCGCCUUCUUCUAUUGCGAGAUAGAUGGUACAUCACUUUGCCUUAGUUGUGAUAUGACUGUUCAUGUUGGUGGGAAACGAACCCAUGGAAGAUACCUGCUCCUAAGGCAACGGGUUGAAUUUCCAGGAGAUAAACCAGGUCAUAUGGAUGAUGUUGCUAUGCAACAGAAAGAUCCUGAAAACCGGACGGAUCAAAAGAAGGCCCCUCACUCAGUAACAAAGGAGCAAAUGGCAAACCAUCAUAAUGUGUCUGAUGAUCCAGCCUCAGAUGGCAACUGCGAUGACCAGGGUAACAUCGAUUCCAAAAUGAUUGAUCUUAAUAUGAGACCCGUCCGUACUCAUGGACAAGGUUCAAACUCACAGACUCAGGGCGUGGAUGUUAGCGUCAACAAUCAUGAUUCUCCAGGAGUGGUGCCAACAUGUAAUUUCGAACGAGAAGCCAACAAAUAAAUACCGUAACACCAGGAUGUACAUUUCUUCGGUUGCUGCUAUAUAGCAGUAGCUCUCCGGGAGGUUGGAUUAGCUUUGGUCUUCAGCCAGGCAGAAUAUGUGUUAUUACAUGGUCCUCUUGUGUCGCUAGUAGUAUGAUUCUAGUAGAGCUGAAGUUGAACGAGUUCAUGUCAACUCGGCAUGCCAUAUGCCGUGGACGCUAUUUAUCGUCGUGUACUCGUGUUGUGGUUGUAAGACUGGUGUCACAUGGGCCAUACGGGAAGCACAGUGGGCUGUCACUUGUGCUUUUGUGGAUUGCUGCUGUGCGCUAUUAGAAACUGUUCAAAAGAUUAAUAGACCCAUCAUUUUUUUUCGGUGUAUA